GCUGAGCAGCAAACUGGAAGCUGGCGAGACGCGACAGGUCUGAGCGGGACAGGCAUUCGGCUGGCGGAACCUCGCGCGGCGGCACUGGGGCUAGAGGUGCACCUGUGAAUCCUGCUCUUCUGCCUGUUCUGUUCAGCCGGCAACCUCUGACACUUGGAGAGGAGAGAGUUCCUUUCAUUUGAGGUAUUGUUUUCCCAAUUGAGCUUGGAGCCAAGACCCAUCUCCUUAUUAUUUUGAUACUGUGCAAGUCAUCUUACCUCUCUAGAUCUCAGCUGCCUCAUCUGUGAAAAGGAGAUAAAAAUUCUUAACUUAUCUGAAGAUGAGGUGGAGGACCAUCCUACUGCAAUAUUGUUUUCUUUUGGUUACAUGUCUACUUACUGCUCUUGACGCUGUGCCUAUAGACAUAGACAAGACAAAAGUAAAAAAUCCUCACCCUGUGGACAGUGCAAAGAUAGAACCACCAGAUACUGGACUUUAUUAUGAUGAGUACCUCAAGCAAGUGAUUGAUGUACUGGAAACAGACAGUCAUUUCAGAGAAAAGCUCCAGAAAGCAGACAUAGAGGAAAUAAAGAGUGGGAGACUAAGCAAAGAGCUGGAUUUAGUAAGUCACCACGUGAGGACAAAACUUGAUGAACUGAAAAGGCAAGAAAUAGGAAGAUUAAGAAUGCUAAUUAAAGCUAAAUUGGAUUCCCAUCAAGAUACAGGCAUAGACCACCAUGCUCUUCUAAAACAAUUUGAUCACCUAAACCACCUGAAUCCUGACAAAUUUGAAUCUACAGAUUUAGAUAUGCUAAUCAAAGCAGCUACAAGUGAUCUGGAACACUAUGAUAAAACUCGACAUGAAGAAUUUAAAAAAUAUGAAAUGAUGAAGGAACAUGAAAGGAGAGAAUAUUUAAAAACACUGAAUGAAGAAAAGAGAAAAGAAGAAGAAUCUAAAUUUGAAGAAAUGAAGAAAAAGCAUGAAAAUCACCCCAAAGUUAAUCAUCCAGGAAGCAAAGAUCAACUAAAAGAGGUAUGGGAAGAGGCUGAUGGAUUGGAUCCUAAUGACUUUGAUCCCAAGACAUUUUUCAAAUUACAUGAUGUCAAUAAUGAUGGCUUCCUUGAUGAACAAGAAUUAGAAGCCCUAUUUACUAAAGAGUUGGAGAAAGUAUAUGACCCUAAAAAUGAAGAGGAUGAUAUGGUAGAAAUGGAGGAAGAAAGGCUUAGAAUGAGGGAGCAUGUAAUGAAUGAGGUUGAUUCCAACAAAGACCGAUUGGUGACUCUAGAAGAGUUUUUGAAAGCUACAGAAAAAAAGGAAUUCUUGGAGCCGGAUAGCUGGGAGACAUUAGAUCAGCAACAGCUCUUCACAGAGGAAGAGCUGAAAGAAUAUGAAAACCUUAUCUCUGUACAAGAAAAUGAACUUAAGAAAAAAGCUGAUGAGCUUCAGAAACAAAAGGAAGAACUACAGCGUCAGCAUGACCAACUCCAGGCUCAGAAGCUGGAAUAUCAUCAGGUCGUACAGCAGAUGGAACAAAAAAAGUUACAACAAGAAAUUUCUCCAUCAGGCCCUGGUAGAGAGUCAAAGUUCGAGCCACUCAUUUAAAGUCCGAAGUCCACCAGAACUUGGAAGAAAACUGUAAAAUCAACAUCUGUGCCAUCUUUUUACCUCCCUUUUUCUCUACUCAAUAAAUAUUUUAAAGCAUAUAUGGAAUAAAGGAAGAUAAUUUUUAAGUGAGAGCACAUUUUUUUGGGGGGGACACAGAUAUUUAAAGAUUGAAGACCACCAGAACCAGGAAGAAUACUUCAGUAACUGCCUUCACAUUCAUACCUCCCCCCUUCUUUCUUUGUUUUCCUGUAGUGAUUUAAUCAAGUGGCCGUAGGCCAUAAUUUAAUGAAACUAUCAGUAACUACUUAAGUGAGAAAGCUGUUUGUUGCUUUUAAAAUAAAUUGCUCUCUUAUUCAUGAAGAUAGAUAUUCUUUUAUGGGUGCUUAUCAUCCCCUCUCUCAAUAAAAGUCUCUGCCAUUCACAAUUCUUCUCCUGCGAAGACCAUCGUAUUCCCCAGUGUUCCUUGGUAACUUUUUCCUGCUUUCAGCUUCCUUAGCUGCUAGAAAUCCUUCUACUGAAUAACUUUUGCUACCACUUUAGGUCAUUUGUCAUUCAUAUUUUUGCUUUAUACUCUAUCACUUAAGGUCAGGUUUGCUACAUAUAACCAAAAAACCAAAGAUAACAGUGGUUUAAGCUAAAUAGGAGUUUUUCCCUUUUAUAUAAAAGAAAUCUGUAGGCAGGUGGUGUCCAGGUUUCUAUCUUUCUGCUCUACUAUCCUCAGUACAUGAUUUUUAUCCUCAAGUUACUUCUAAGUAACCUACGUGGAUCCUUACUAUCCAAGAUUGCUUUUGGAGGCAGCAGGGAAGGGCAAGAAAAGGAAAUUUCUCCAGUUGAAUCAGUUUCCUUGAGGCAAUUUUCUUGGAGAACCACACAGCAUUUGAACUUACAUCUCAUUGGCUCAAGCUGAGUUACAUGGCCAUCUAGCUGCUAGGGAAGCUGAGAAAUCCUUGUGGCAAUGUGACCGGCUAAAAGUUAGGAUUCUUUAAGGAAGAUGGGAAGAGGGAGUGUUUGGUUAGCAACUUUUAAUUUUAACCCAGACAGCCUGCUGGCAACCUAAAUAUCUAUGUAUACUCUUCUAAAACAGAAAACACUCACUUCCACCACCUCAGAAGGAAACCACCCAAAUCCCAUCCAUUAUUGCAUAUUGCUCAAAUACCAUGAUAUCUCUGGCCAUCUACAAACUAAAACGCAGGUGUCUGCCCCAUGGGUACCAUAUGCAUAAUGGUGGAAUAGGUACAGGAUAACUGCAAUAAAAGCAACCUUUUUGAAAAAGGAGAAAAUGGGAAACAUAGCAGUCACUGAUCCAUUGCAAGGUCUCUCUGCUCUGUCCAUAAAUAUAUUCCCUGUUUUUUUCACCAGACAAUUCCUGAUUCACCUUUCUGGGAGUAACUCCCUUGUCUAAUGUCCUCAGGGGCCCUUGGCAUUGCCCUCUAGGAAGACUUUAUUGUUCAUUAAUUUUUAAGUACACAUCCAAGUGGGAAUUGGAAAGGGUGCCCUUCUUGGAGGCUGGACUGUCUUAGUACUUCACUUCCUAUUAUUUUGGGUUUGGGGGCUCGGGGAUUGUUUUAGAUAGUUACAGGCCAUUGCAGGUUUAGGGUUUUUAUUUUAUUUUUUUGGCAAAUCAGUUCCCUAAAAACUUAGUAAGUUUCUGGUUUGUUUUCUUCAAUUAUUAUCAUGAGUAACCAGAAAGAUCUUGUCAAGGUAUAGUUUUUAACAAAGAACCCAUCUUUACUUGCUUCUGUGUUCUCUCUUUCCUCUGGGAUCGUAAAUGAAUAGCAUCUAUUGGGAGCACUUUACACUAUAUAUAGACUUGGAUGGGAUGACAACAGUUUUUAUCUGAUCUUUUUCUUUAGAAUGGCUCCCAUUACUUGGCAGAAAAUUCUUAAGGGAAGGUUCUUGAAAAAGGUUAAGGAAAUUUUAGCAGCUUCCUCAGAACCUUUACUUAUGGAGUAUGGUAGUUGACUUUUUCAGUUCUUCAGGGCUCCAGAUUUAGGCCUUUGUGAAUUUGUUUGGUAGGCAGAGAACAAUUCCCUCAGCAAAGCUAUAUACCUUUUCAUCUCUGCAGACUUGUCAACCUUAUCCCGAGUUGCACCUGUCUUACAGGACUUUGCCGAAAGAGGCAGAGCUAGCCCCACAUGUUAGCAUUCUGAAGUUCUACCACCACUUUCUUUGAUACCCUAACUUCAGUCUCAUGUCCCAAAGCCCUACCUCCUCAACUCAGCCCACUUCACAUUGAAGAUCCUUUUACUUGCUGUACCUUACUUCUAGCUACCAAAUUCUGUAUAGGUCAAGAUUCUUGGUUGUAGGUAAUGGAAUCUUCUUUAGCUAUUAAACCAAAUGGGAUUGAGUAAGGGGUAUGGAUGGCUCACAGAAUCUUUGAGAGGGCUGAAGAAACAGAACCUAGGCUGAGCUUCUAGGAACUACAUCACAAGAGAGGGCUGCCAAAGAAGCUGCUGCUUUUGGAAUAAUCAAGAAUCUGCCUGCCACAUUGGGAAGCUACCUGCUGGAUUGGGAAGAUGUGAACAGUUGCCAGCUCCAGAACCACACUACCACUGCUAUGCUCUGUGUUGGCAAAAAUGGAUACCUCAUGUGCUGCUUCUCUCCCCAUGUAACUCGGUUCCAAGUGAAAGUGUCAAGACAAUCAAGAAGAAGUUGAAAAAGAGCCAGAGCUAGAUGGUGAGCUUCAUUGUUUUCAUGCAAGAUUUUUAUCUCCUGAAAACCUGCUAGAGAAUUCCACCAUCAUCCUUCAUCGCUGGUGCCUCUAACUUCAUACUUUAAUUCAUUUAUUUUUGUUAGAAUUGAGAGAUUAAGGUGUAUUGUGUAAAAUGCAAAGUUUACGCUUUAGUUCCUUGUGGGUGAUAAAAUGGAAGACUGGAAUGACAACUUGCUUUCAAGGUUCGAGAUUGGAAAGAAAUUGUUUUUUUCCUUACUUUUUUUUUUUUAAACAUAGUAUUUUUAGUAGGACUCCAAUCUCUCCUACUCAUGUUAUAACUUAUUUUUUAAGUGAGUAGUUAGCUAUGAAUUAGUAACCAUUUAAGAAAUGAACCAGAACAAACAGCUACGGCAAGUGAUAAAGACACCAAAUUGAAAAAUUAGGAUUUAUGGUUACCAGCAUGUCAACCUGUUUAUUCAGACAAAAGCAAAGCAAAAUAAAACCAACAAAACCUUUGAUUUAAUUUAGGAAUUUAGAUUUUUUUUUCUAAAUAUGGCCUAUAGAAUUAUGUAGAAAAACAACUAUAUGUCAUAUUUACAGACUUCUACAGUUUUCACUGUAGAGCUUUUAGUAUACAGUUUAAUUGAUGCCAGUCACGUUCUCGAUGACCAAUGUCAUGUACCAGCUUGGUUGUCAGCUGCCCUUGACAGUGUUCUUUACACUCUCACCCUUCUGGUUGCCUUCAAAGCUCUGCAUGCUUGUAAACAAGUUUUCUUUUGUUUAUAAUUGUAUAUAAUCUAUAGCAAGCAAUAGAUUUGACUUUUCCUGUGCCAAUUUUCUUACUCCCUUUUGUUUUAUCCUUAAGAUGGUUUCCGAGACUUUCUAGGAUUAUGAAUUAAAAUGUUAAAACAUUUUAUUUGACAAUUCUUAUAAUUUUGGUACUCCAAGGAAUUUUUAAAUGAGUAAUGAUUUAUUUUCCCCAUGAUUUUAAAGCUAUCACUUGUCUGAGUGCUUUAAAAUUGAGAGAGAAAAAGUAAAGCUUCAUCAAGUUCUCUUUGCCAUCCCCUCAUGAAUCAUUGUAUUAAAAUGUUAUUUUUGUUCACUUUUAGUCCAUUUUAAAUGUUCACUUUUAGUGAUAUGAGAGUAUCUAUCACUUAAUGAAAUCCCUGCCCUCAUUCUAGAUUCCUCAGGGAUGGAGUAUGAAACAUGCGUGCAGCCCAGGCUGUAUUUGUUUUGUACCACGUUGCUUUACUUAUUUUGCUGUCAGUUAAUUGCCCUCUGAUUGUUAAAGUGAUUUGAAUUUGUCUUACUUUUGAAUUUUAUCCUUUCUGUUUUGGGGUUUGAUUCUUUGUAAUUAUUUCCUUAUUAGAGUAUUGGUCUUAUAAUUUCAUUUAAAAAAUAUAUUUGCCAUGCCCCUUGAUGUUUUAAACAUUUUUAUGAUAGUAUUGAAGCAUCUUUGUCAGACACAAUUGAAAGCUGUCAUCUUUGUGUAGUGAUUUCUUCUUUUGCUAUAGCAUUGAGUAAUGUAUCUCAGAAUUUAUAUCUAAAUUUUUUCUAGCUGAGUUCUGAUCCUGUGCAUUUCUUUUUCCUUUGAUGUGUAAGUAUUUUCACUCUGACAUUCAUAGUCUGUUUCAUUGAGAUUCAAGGUUGAUCUUGGCCUAAACAAAACUACAUUUGCAGAAAAGUUAGCUUUUCUA